CCCAUUAAACAAAUCUAACGUUUGUUUUAUUUUGAACCUUGAUGACUUUUUGACUUUUGACUCGGUUUACAAAUAUCAUCCAUUUAGCGUUUUUAUAAAGCCGACUGAUUCGCUUCUCUUACUACUUCAAUUUCAUUUCUUUCUCCUCAAAAUAUCAGAUCGAUAACCAACAAGCGAAACUAGGGUUCUCUAAUCUCGACGAAGAUGGCGAUGCAGAAAGCUAAGGAGAUCGUUAACAGCGAAUCAGUCGUUGUUUUCAGCAAGACUUAUUGUCCAUAUUGCGUGAGAGUGAAGGAGCUUUUGCAACAAUUGGGAGCUAAGUUCAAGGCCGUUGAGCUCGACACCGAAAGUGAUGGUAGCCAAAUUCAAUCAGGUCUCGCAGAAUGGACAGGACAACGUACCGUGCCUAAUGUGUUUAUAGGAGGAAAUCACAUCGGUGGCUGUGAUGCAACAUCAAACUUGCAUAAAGAUGGGAAGUUGGUUCCGCUGUUAACUGAAGCUGGAGCGAUCGCAGGAAAGACUGCAACAACUUCUGCUUAAGAGCACAUCCAUAUGUGAUUGCUUCUAUCAAGAAUAAAGAGGUUUGAGUCAUAAAUGUGAACUUGUUUCGUUGUCAAGUUGAAGAAAUAUUCUGUAAUGUUUUUAAGAUUAUGGUUAUGUCGAAGUCGGAUUUGAACUUCUGAUACAUGAUGUUAUUAUCUUCUGGCUAUGCUUUUGGUAACAUUUUGGGGUAAAUAGAAGAAACUCGAGUCUUAGGCUCUCAGGCAAAAUCAAUUGAAGAGUGCACAUAGGUCGUAGAUAGAAGAUUGAAUAUUGCUACAAUCAAGAAUCGGGACAUUUUGAGGACCAUAGAAUAGAUUAGUGAAGAAAAAUAACCGAAUACUAUUAUAAUCAAUUGUUCUUACACAAUUUUUGUGUUGCGUUUGCAAUGCAUAUAAGCCGAGAGAUAAGAGCCUAAGAGCACAUCUAUUUGUAACUGUAACAUCAGGAAUUUAAAGGCCUGAGUCAGUAAUAAGAAC